AUGAAUAGAUUAUCUCUUCCAAAAGAUGCAAAAGACAAUUUUGUUGAUCUUUCUUCUAACGGAAAGACUUCAUUAAGGUCUAAUGCUUUGGUAGAUAUUUCAUCUUUUCCAAAAGGAGCUUCAUUAGUCAAACUUGUUACAGUUAAAAAAGUUGUGAAAGUCAUUACAAGUAUGGAUGAUGAUGAUGAUUUUGUUUCUGCUCAUGUUGUUGGUCAAGUAAAUGUUAAGAAGACUGAAAUUACAUAUAGGAAUCCAUCAGAUUUAAUCUCUACUAUCUAUAGAAGCCUUAAUGAUAAUCAGAAAGCUUCAGUUAAGGAAAUAUGGUUUGGAUUUCUUAAAGAAUUUGUGGUUAAAAAGUUUAGUAGGGAAAUUUGUUUGUGGGUUCUUGAGAGAUAUGAUGAAAAGAGAAAUGUUCUUCGUAUCCAUAACAAUGAGAUUCAUAUUACUAGGAGAGGUGUUCAUGACAUGUAUGGUCUUCCAAUUGUUUCUGUUAUUUUGGAUCAUUCUGUUAAAGGAAACAAUAUUGUUCAAGAAAAAACAAUUGAGAAUGAAGUUAGAGAUGAUGUUGUUAUUCUUUUGGAUCAUGCUGACAAAGGAAAAAAAGUUGUUGAAGAGAAGAUAAAUGAGGAGCAAGUGAGAAAUGAUGUUCCAAUUUUUGCGGAGAAUGCUAAUAAAGGAAAGAAAUUUGUUCAAGAUAACAUAAUUGAUAAUGAAAUGAGAGAUGAUGAUUGGAUGGAUAGCGGUCCUUCUGAUCCUCGAUUUGAUAAUAUUCUUGGUGGUUCAAAGAUUUUAAAGAGAAGAUAG